CGGAAAAAUGGCGUCCGAUAACGAAGCCUCUUGCGCGAGUGACCCAAAUUUCGCGGUGAUCUGCUCAUUUCUCGCCUGCUUCGGCAAGUCCUGCGGCAUCAUCUAUCCGGACAUCGCUCGGCUCCAGGAGAUGCUCGAGAAUACGCAGGAAGUGUCGCAAGAAUUAAUAGAUCUGCACAUCAAGUUGUUGCGCAAAACACGUAAAUCCGUGUCACCAGAAAAGUGGGAGAGAGCGCUAGUCAAGUUUUGCCACACGUACUCUAAUCAGGAUGGAUGGGAACUUGAACGCUUCAGUUACAAGAAAGCUCGCGUUGCUGUUAAACUGCGUUUACUUAAAGUAUUAUUGGAAACACAAUUUGAUUUAAACCAAAAGUUUAAGAAUGAAGUAAACAAAUUGGCAGCUAAUGAGUUGCGUGUGGAACCUUUAGGAAGGGACAAAAGUGGAUUAGCGUACUGGUGUCAGCUGGAUGAAGAGUGCAACAUAAGAGUUUAUAAGGAAGAUUUAGAUGAAGAGAAUUGGGAAUUAGUAGCUCAGGAUCGAGAAGGUGUUGUUAAUCUCAUAAGUACCUUGUCAAAUGGCGAAAUUGAAGCCAUACCAAUUAAUGAGGAUAGCAACAGUUUAGAAAUUUCUGAGAAACCUAUUAUUGACACUGGCCAAGUAACAACGUCUCCAAGCUUAGAAGACGAAGUUGUUCAAGAAAACGGCGUUGACGAGAUGAAGCAGCUACCAAACGGUAGAAGCGAUGAGUUAGAGGAAGAACGAGAACGUGAUGAAGAUCAGGAUCAAGAUCAAAUUCCGAAUGCUAUCAUUAAUGAAGUUGAAAAAGAAGUUGACGAAGAAGAAGAAGAUAUGGACGCGGAAGAGGAAGAUAUGACGAAUGAUGAAAGUUCCAAGCAAAUUACGGAGGAAGACGAUUCUCAAGAAAUGGUACAAACUCCGAGCAUAGAAUCAAGAUGUAAAAAUGAUUCAUCUUCCUUGUCGGCGACUAAUUUAAAGUUAAACAUGAAAAUAGAUGCAAAAUUGGAAAAUGCGAGCCACAGAGAGGCUACUGACGAAACGUCCGCUUUCUUGGUAUCGGAAAGCAAACCCUCAAUAAUACACAAACAGAUCGGUGUUAUAAAAGCUGAAGUUGACGAACCGGCGCCGUUAAAAUCUAUAGAAACGCCUGUUAUUACUUCAUCUCCAUUGAAACUGGUAAAUAUUGCGGAAUUGAAGCAGCCAUCAGAUGAAAAAUUAGUAAGUCCGACAUCUGUUAUCGCGCCUUUAAACGCGGUAAAAAAGCACGGUCCUUCCGACGAGAUAAAAGCCCUCGAGAAAUUGUCUGGCAAGAACAGUCUAUCUUUCUCAACUACAGAUUCCAUUUCUGUGGGGCACAGUAAACUAUCGGUCAAGCCAAUUGACCAAUUAGCUGCAAAUCUUGUGAGGAUACAGUCAGAGAAAUUGGAAAAGCCAAGCGGACCGAAAUCGUUGGAAAAGAUAGCGGAAACUUUAGCAAGAUCCAGUAGUAUGUUGGGAAAUAUGGUAAACGGAGAGGAUGAUAGACUGCCGCAAGAUUUUUGUGCGAGAAAUCAAUCCGAGAAGUCGGCAACGCACAGGAGUCAUAGAGGCAUAGAUUUAUCAACGUCACCGCGUGGCUGGGAAAAUGCAAAUGAGCAAAACAGACCGGUGGAUUUCUCUGGAAUUGAUCUUUCUAGUCGAAAAUUGGGAAAAACAAUGGAUUUGCCUUCUCCUGGUUACAGGACGCAAGAUUUCCAGCAUCGAGAAAUGGAUUUAAGUACGAAGAAGGUGAACAAACCAGAAGUGUCAAAUCUGCCGUACGAUGCGCGUAGCGUAAUGUUACGUAAUCAUGUGAUGGUGGCUGAUUUGAGCAAGAGACAGAUGCCGUUUACCGCAUACGAGACGCCUUAUCAUAAUACAGCUAGAUUACCUGCCAAGGACGAGCACAGAUUACCAAGUUAUGCGAUACUUUCCGAUCCCAGCAAGAUCACGACGCUGAGAAUGAACAAUGCACCACUGAAACGUCCUAUAGAGGAUGACGAUAUACAGCAAGAUAUGCUGAAGAGGAUAAGGGCGGAUGUAAUUCCAAUCAGGGGUUCUAUAGACAAGAGACCGAUGAUGAGUAGCAACUGGAGAGACGAAGUGAGUGAGGCUAUCGAGGAGCCUAUAAUGAUGGUCCAAGGCGAGGGAUCUGGCAGUGAUUGCGACGCAGUAAAUCCCAUUGUUGGAGAGGCUAUAGAGGAACCGACGACUUUUUACUACGGCGAGGGUUCCGGCGCGGAGUGCGGGACAGGUAAUCCCGGCGACGACGCGCCUACUGACAAUAAAGAAAGCAACGAAUCAAAAACUGAACCUGACUCAGCUACCACGGCGCUGUCGCAGAAUAAGGUUUUAACCGAAGACGAGAUAUCUACGGGUUCGAUACUGUCGAACAAAACCCCUGUAAAAUUAAAUAGAAAUUAUCCACAGUCUAAUGUAAGCGUAAACGAUAAUUGUCAAAUAGUAGAUUCUAUACAAGAAAAGCCAAAGUUUAAGCACACGUUAGGCGUCCAGAUAAUACCUAAAAGUACAACCGGUCCUGUCAAAAGGUUGUCCAGAUGGGACGUGGGAAAGCCAGAAGAGAAAAAAGAAUGUGACAGUAGUAUCAUAUCAAACGAAGGAGACAUAUCACUGAAGAAGAAUACGGAUGAUCACAAGCGUGAUAAUGUGGAAGAAAAGCUGUUAAAUGUGGACGCUGAAUCGGCCAAAACUGGAUACGAGAAUUCCGCUGAUGUAGAUCAAGGCGUCAAAGUAGAUGACCUUGUAAAUACAAGCAGUGGAGCCAUCGAAGAUAGUGUUAAAUUGCAAGUGCCCGACGUGAGUUCGGAAAAUACAAGUACGAAACAGGAAAAAGACUGUACGCUUCAAAAACCUGUGCAAUGCGACUCGUCGAUAUCGUACCAAGCGGACACUUUGCAAGAACCUAAACCAUGUACAGAUCUUGAAUCUACGACAGUUUCAGCUGUUACACAAAACUUGUCUGAUUCGAGUAACGUGGUUUCGCGCGAACCAAAUACUCCCGAAAUAACGAAUAAUGAAUGCAAACCAGCAGCUGCAUCUCCGCCGAGAUUUUUUUUUGGUCCCAAUUGCAUUUCGUACACUUCGAAAUCCGAUGAAUUAGGAUCUCAAUCGGAACAAAGCCUGACUACAUCAAUUCACGAUAAAACGGACACUGUGCAAUAUGAAUGUGUGUCUUCGUCGAAGUCAGCAGAUGAUACUGUUUAUUCGUACAAGACGGAAGAUUUUGAUUUGACGCAAACAAAUAAUAAUUCGUUGAAAUCGGAUGUGUUUACCUUGGAAUCUGACAGCGUUUUAUGCGGAAAUAAUAGUAAAGAUAUUGAAAAAAUUGAAACGCCAAGUAACACGUGGGAUCAAACAAAGGAAGAGACUUUAACGCCCAGCAGCUCAAUAGAUCCAAGCACUACGCCUGAGUACAAUGCUGCUAGUUCAUCUGUCGCGCUAGUUGAAGUAGAAGCGAGUAAAGAGUCAAGUGUACAAGAAUCUGUUUGUGCUGAUAAGGAAGUGGAAGAAGAUGACUGCUCGAAAUUGCUUACAAGUCCUACGUCAGAAAUGGUAACUGGAAAUGAAAGUAUUAAUGACAUAAGUAUAACUGAAGAAGAUUCAAUAAAAAUCAGUUUGAAUAGCGAACUCAAUGUUCAACCAGCAGAAUGUGGGAUUGUCGAACCAUCGCAAUGCGAUCAGUCUAUCGAUUCUGAAAAUCUUGUAAGUACAGAAACUCAAGAAGAUUCUUUUAAAGCAUCGGACGAUGUUACAACGCAGCUGUUGGAUGAUAAAGAGGACAAACUAUUAGCCAAUGACUCUAAAAAUGAGAAUGAUUAUCAGUUUGAUAGUACAAAUGUUUGUAACGAACAGCAAAACAAAAUUGAAUUCGAGACAACGGCACAUUCAUCUUUAUCUCCACUUACACAAAAUUCGCAAGCAGAGCUAGCCGAUCUCAGGGAAUUCGAGGACGUUAACAAAUCGAACGAGUCAUUAGAUUUGAAUUCCAUGAAUGAAGUAGAAUCUGCAAGUUAUCAGGAAGCAAACAGGCUCAAGAAAACCGAUCUAGAUUCUAUCGGAGAAAGUUGUGACAAGCAGAGUGACAAGAAUGAUAAUUUCUCCGAAAUCGAUGGUCAGGACGAUCAUUCGACUGAUACGGAUAACGAAAAGAUGAAAAGCCUGACUGGUUCUGAUGUUGAUUCAUUAUGUGUUAACUACGAUAAAAAUAGCGAAAGAACUGAUGCAUUAUCUGAUGUAGGAACUCAUAAUGAUGGGUCAGGUGAUUCUGAAGAAAUUAAAGACAAAGGAUUGAACGAUGUGCAAGUUAAUGAUAUUGUGUUCGGUAUAGAUUCCGAAACACAUUUUUCUGAAAAUUCUGUGGUGACCAGUUCUGAAUCGGUUCAAGAAAGUGAUAAACACAAUGUAGUUCCUACUAUAAGCAGUUCAGACGAUGUCUCUGCGCAAGACUCUUCAUUUCAGGAGAGUGAACCUGUGCAAAUAGAUGAUGAAAAAGUGGAAAAUACUUCGUCUGAUACUGAUAAGCCUUCUACGUUCAAUAUUUCGCCUGUAACGGUGCCUGAAACGAAUAUCUAUGAACAGUCCAAGUCUGGUAGUGUCGAAACUAUGAAAGAAAUAAGCUCAUCUAAUUUAGUUCAGUCUACAAGUGAGUAUGGAGACAAUGUUUCUGAAAAUCCCAGUUCUUGUGUUGAUCAAGAUUCGAAUGGUGAAAUAAUUAUAGAUGAUCGUGUGUCUGAAUCGAAUGAAUCGUAUAAAGAAACUGAAGAGACUGCAACGAAUGAUGAAAAAUCAGGAAACGCUAAAGAUACAAUACAAGAAAAUAUAACGGAAGAAGUUCCAAUGCAAGAAAAUAUAAUGCAAGAAGAUAAAAUACAAGAUAAUAUACAGGAAGAUAAAAUGCAAGAAGAUAACAUGCAGGAAGAUAAAAUGCAAGAAGACAACAUGCAAGAAGAUAAAAUACAGGAAGAUAAAAUACAGGAAGAUAAAAUACAAGAAGAUCCAAUACAAGAAGAUCCAAUACAAGAAGAUCCAAUACAAGAAGAUCCAAUACAAGAAGAUCCAAUACAAGAAGUUACAAUGCAAGAAGAUACGAUGCAAGAAGUUACAAUGCAAGAAGAUACAAUGCAAGAAGAUACAAUGCAAGAAGAUACAAUGCAAAAAGAUACAAUGCAAGAAUCAACAGAAUUUGAGAAAAAAGCUCCGGUUCUUACAAAUAUUGAACACGAAUCUUGUCAGUCCGAAACUGACUUAUCAAUGACGAAAACUGAAAUCUCGGAGAAGGAGAAAUCUGAGAUUGAUGCAGAAACCGGAGCUUCUAAUGACCUUAAAGAAUUAACUGUAAAAGAUGAGAGUAAAACUUGUAACACUGAUGAACAGGAUACGACGGUUGCAGCAGAUGUCUGCAAAAUUAAUGUAAUUGAAGAAAUUGCUGAAAACGUUGCAAACAAUACAUCAGAGAUCGAUGCAACAGCUGUAAUUGUUGAACAAUCGGAAACAAACAUUGUAGAUGUAAUUUUUCAGGAAUCACAAGUGAAGGACGCGAAUGUUAAUAAACAGUCACUAGUUGCGAAUUAUGAUAGCGAUUCCAAUGAUAAUGAUAGCAAUGAUGUUUUCGAAUCUGAGGUGACGCAAAUAAACGAUUCUAAAAACUGUGCUGUUGCCCCGAUAGAUAAAAAACCGGAUGAAGAGCAGUAUGAAAAAUCACUUGAUAAAGAAAAAGAUAUCGACAGUACAACUUUAGUUUCUGAUGUGCCUCAAGAAUCAGUGUCUACCGAACAACAGUUACAGCCUUUAGAAACGACAUUAGAAACGAAAGUAUUGAAUCAAGAUGUAACUGUAGAGCAAGAUAUUAGAAUUAAAGAACAAAAGUGUGUCGACGAAAUACAAGUCAAAUCUGUCUGCAAUAACGUUGAAUAUCGUUCAACUGAUCAAUUAACAAUGCUUUUAAAUAAGGACGAACUUCAAGAGGAAACGAAUAUCCAGGAUAUUCCUAUUGAUGAUUCUAAAGUGUCAGAAAUGUCAGAUGUGAAGCUUUCAGUAACUCCGGUCACGACUGAGGAGAUAACUGAAUCUUUUCAGAGUAAAAGUUGUGAGAUGACUAUUGGCCAUAAUGAGAAAAGUAAAGAAUAUCUCAACAAUUCGAUUGAUAAUAUGAAGACAGUUGAGAUGCAGGCCACUCGAGAGAUUCUUGAGACAGAAGAAAAGGCAGAUUGUUUAAUAUCUGAAAAUGUUCGCGAUUUCAACGAAAGCGAAGCAAAUAAAAGCACAAAAAUUUCGUUUACUCGAGAAAGCACAGAAUUUAAUACUACGGACAAUCAAGUGACUGGUGUAUUUCACAUAACGGAGCAAACAAAAAACGAGAAAUUGGAUGUCAGUUUAGAUAUUGAGAAUAUUGCAAAGUCGAAAAGUGUAAAUGAACUUAAUUUUGAGGAAUUGCCUAUUCCGUGUAAAAGAUUUAAAGAAGAUCUCGACCGUAACGAAGACAAUAAAAGGGACGAGAAACCGCAAGAAGAAUGUUUAACUAAACCGCUCACGGAAGAAGUGAAUUUACCAUUGAUGCAAACAGAAUCGGAUAUUACGCUAGCAAAGUUGGAUAAUACUUUAGAUGUGAAUAAAUCACACACAUGGAAAACUGAAAGUGCGAGUUUAGAAGGAAGCAUGUCUUUGGAUGCCUUGUAUAAUUCAAAUUCGAUGUCCACGAAGGUGGAUAAUGUUAAUAACUUGGACAGUUGCAACAAUCAAAACGAGCCUUUUAGUAUAAACGUAAAUGUAAAUAAGAUUACGGAAAAUUUUAAUAAAAAUGAGCCUUCAAAUGCAAAUAAUGAAUCGACGACAUUUUCUGCUCAGGAAACUAUUUCAGAAAUUGAUACUGUAAAAUCUGAUCCAAAGAAAGAAGCUAGUAAGAGGCUGAUUGGUGCCUCGGAUGUAGAGGAUAUUCCUCUGUUAAAGUCUAAACCUCCGUAUAUGGAAACCGAUGAUAAGACAUUGGAAAAUUUAACAGAUAUCGAUAUGCAAACGCCUAAGACUUUAGAUACAUCCAAUGAGAUUGAAAAGUUAAAACCACAAAUCGAGGAUGAAACAAAAAUAUCAACGAUCUCUACAACGCAAUUGUUUCAAAAUGAUUUCGGUAUAGUAAACGAUUCCGUGACUGUCGUCGAAGAUUCGAAGAAGGUCGAUUUAGAAACUGCAGAGAGGAAAGAAUCUCCUAAAAUUCAGGAAAUCGAAAUGAGAACUAUUUCUGAAGCUUCUGACGAUUCGAUAGGUGUGGAUAAUGAAGAUGUCUUUGUACCGGAAGAAACAGAUCCCUUAGCGUGUACCGAUGACACUUUAAAGAAUAUUACUGAAAAUGUGUCUGAUGCUUCUAAGAUAAGUAUUCGCGUAAAGCCGGCAACUGAGUUAGUUUAUGAGGGAUGGAAAUUGGAUAGCACUACGGAAACACCGAAGGUUUCGCGAAAACGGCGAAAUAGCGCUCAUGAAUCGAAUUCCGAGGAUGGAGCAGCGAAGCAAGAAGACGAAGAGAUGAUGGGUGGCAAAAGAAUGAAGUUACGCGCAAAACGUAUACCGGAUAAAGAAUUACGAAAGUCCGUCGAGGAAAGUCGUGAAGUGGUGACGGUGAGCUCCGAGGACGAGGCUGUGAAAUGUGAUCCUGAUAAUGCAACAAAGCACGCGAAUAAAGAGGGCAGCGGUGAUCCGAACAUUACGCAAACAAUGACGAUCGACAAAAAGAUUAGGGGUCGUCCUAGGGGUAGAAAGAGGCGCGGUUUCCGGGGUGGUGGACGUUCGAGUCGGCCAAAGCUCACGGAAUUUCAGGGCGAUCAAAUGUCGCCUGGUGAUCAUCCUGAUGAAGCGCCUAACGAUACUUUAAAUACAACACAGAAGAAACGGAAAAAGCGAAAAAUGGUCUUAGGUUUAGAAAUAGGCAGAGAUAUCUCGUUAGAGACUGAAACAUCACAUGUAACAGCACAGGACGAGACGCCUGUCAGGCAAUCAAGAAGAAUAGCGCAGUUGAAAAUAAAGGAACAAGCGGACAGGCGUAGAAUUGAGGAAGAAAGUAUGCGUGAAAUAGAAGAGAAAAAGGAAUCAGAAAAGAAAAAAAGAAAAAAGCAGAAGCCGGAAAGCGAGGAAGAAGAAGUUAUUAUAAAGGAAAUUGAAAAGGAGAAAAAGUCCAAAAAGAGACGUCGAAAGAGGAAGAAAAAGAAGAUGCUUGCUAAAUUUAACGAAGCGAAUCCAUGGCAGAGUUCAUCCGGAUCUAGCAGUGACGAAGAGAAUGACAAUGAAGAUGAAGAAGAGGAUAUGGACGAAGAUAUGGAGAGCGAAGGCUCUUUAUUAUUUAAAAGUGAUCAUGAAUUUUCUCCUGAGAGCGAUCUCGAGAAGGAUCAAGAAUCUCAACCUUUGAGACGUGCUAGAACAGCACAAAAGGCCCAAAGUGAUGUUGAGGAAGCUGAGGAUGAGUAUGCCUGUCAGAAAUGUGGCAAAGCUGAUCAUCCUGAAUGGAUUCUUUUGUGUGAUUCUUGUGACAAAGGUUGGCAUUGCUCUUGUCUUAGGCCAGCUCUUAUGCUUAUACCCGAAGGCGACUGGUUUUGCCCUCCGUGUCAACAUACUUUAUUGGUGACCAAAUUACGAGAGACUCUAAAAACGCUGGAUCAGUUAACAAAAAGACACGAGAAUGAAAUGCUACGAAAAAAGCGAUUGGCUUUUGUCGGCAUAAGUCUGGAUAAUGUACUUCAUAAAGGCGAAACACAACAUGGAUCGAAAGGAUCACAAGCAUCCAGUCAAGAAUCAGACAAUGAUUCUUCAGAAUCUUCUUCGUCGGACUCCACUUCCGUAAUGUCGAUAACCAGUGAGGAAAGUGAACCAGUUUAUCAGUUACGAGAACGUCGAUGUGCCAGUACCUACAAGUUUAAUGAAUAUGAUGAUAUGAUUAAUGCCGCAAUUCAAGAUGAAGUUGAAGCGGUUCAAGGUGCUGGCAAUCAGGGAAGAGGCAAGGAUAUUGCAACAAUAGUUAAUGCAGAAAAGGAAGAGGCACAGGUUGAAGCAUUAAAGAUGACGCAAUUAGAAGAGGACAAGGACGAUACGGAAUCAAAGCCGGAAAAAGAAAGUGAUGAAGAAUAUAAGAUUGAGAAUGAAGAUGUGGUUGAUGAUCUAGAAGAGGAACAAAAUACGGUUGCUAGGAACAGAAUACGAUUACUAGCACGUAAGAAACAUCGGAAGCUGAAUAGCCUCGACAUAAGCAGUGAAGACGAUCCGGAUAGUGACGAAGAUUUUAAGGGUACAAGCUCCGAAGAAGAGGAGGACUUUGAUGAUCAUAUUUCAUCAUCUGAUGAUAGCAGCUUUGCCGACGUAAAACGACGUGGUAGAAAAGGCGAUUCGCGCCCUGUUCGAAGAUCUACCAGGGCACGUAUGACUAGGGCCUACGAUGAUGAUUUUAUUAAUGAUGACAGUGACGACAGUGAUCGACCAAAGAAAAAGAAAUCGCGAUCCAUGUGGGGAGAUUCGGAUAGUGAAGACAGCGAUAAUUCAUGGAGACAGAGAAAGAAAAAAAGCAGGACAAUAUCAACAUCCAGAGUCAGAACAAUUCCUAAAACAAAGGGCAAAAAGAAAAAAAAGAGAAAACGUAUAAUAGAGUCUGAUAAUCAGAGUGAAAAUGAUGAAGAAGAUGAGCCGAAAAUUGAAACACAAUGCGAACCUAAUUUACAAGACUUCAAUACCAGUCUAAAUGAAAUGAUGGACGUUAGUAAACAAGAAAAUUUUGAAACUUCUUUAGGCGAAGGCAGCGUUGAAAUAAAAGAUGAUAGAUUACAAGAAGAAACAACAACAGCAGCAGCAGCAGCAGUAGUAACAACAACAACUGCUGCUGCUUCAGAUGUCCCUAUUCCACAGAUUCAGCAGCCGUCAGAAAUAGUACCGAUUCAGAAAAUCAAAAAGGACAUUGUGCCUAAACCGAAAAAGGCUCCUGCUAUUAGACGAAAAAUUAUUUAUGGUGGACUUCCAGACGAAAACAAACGAGAAGAAGAAGAAAUAUUAAGUCGACGAACUCGAGGACGAAAAAUCAAUUAUCGAGAAGAAAUGGCGUCAGAUAGCGAGGAAGAACUGAAAAAAGCAUUGAUGAUGAGAAAGACUGGUGAAAGCGAAGAUGAGUAUGUAAUGAAUGAGGCUGAUGAUAUGAAUGAUGAUGGAGAAAAGGAUUCUGAUUCAGGAGAUAUUUAUAUUCCUAAGAAGGAUGCCCUAAAAUUUAAAAAGUCACCGAAAACAAAGAAAUCACGUAAUAGUAAGAGCCCUGCAGCAAAACGUAAGUCUUUAUCUGAUGACGUACCGAAACAAAGAAAGAAACCUGGACCGAAACCAGGAAGCAAAAACAGAUGGCGCAAGCAGAAAUUGAAGGAUAACAUUGAUGGAGAUAUGAUUGGCGCAGUUAUGGACAAUCCUAUUGGUGACAUAGCAUCUAAAAUUGAUGAUAAUCUUCCAGAUAAUGUUGGAUUAGCAGGCACGACAAUGUCGGUAGCAAGUUCGUUUACCGGAGACGUUCCUGAAGGUUCAUUGACAGGUCUUGGUGCCGGAGAGUUAGCUGAUCUAGACGAUGAGCAGCUCGAGCGGAUGAUGCUGGAUGAAGAUUACGGACGUCAGCAGUUGGAGUACGCGGCAAUCGAAAUAGCAAAGAAGAAGAAAAAGGAGGAACGAGAAGCUAAGAAGUUGGAGAAAGCGCGUAUAAAGGCUCUGGAGAUAUUGGCGGCGGAGAGGCAAAGAGAUCCUAAUGCACCCGAGGGAACGGACGGUGAGGUGCCCAAGAAAAAGAAGCGUGGACGUCGCAGCAAGGCCGAGAUCCUCGCUGAACAGAUGCGCAGGGAUGGUGCGUCAAAUCUAGGCAUCAUCCCGGCUUCGGCUAUCGGUGGAGUUGGCACACCGGAUGGCGUGAGUAAUAUGUCACACAACAUGAAUCCGGGUACCUUAUCUACGGAUUUGACGCCGGAAACAGAUAGAAGCAUCGAAGGAGGACAUAUGCCUCUUAUGACUGGACCCGAUGGACAACUUUUUAAUCCAGAUGGCAUGCCGGUGAAGCCGAAACGACGAGGUCGUGGCAAGGGCAAAAAGACUCUUGCAAUGGAGGCGGCUAGAGCUGCGGAAGCGGCGGCUAAGGCCGCGGCCGAAGCUGGUUUGAUCGGCAUGGGUACUGACUCAAAUUCAGACAUGAAACAGAACGAUAUGCCAAACGUUCUUCCUACGCCAGGUAGCAGUACGUCUGGUUCGGCACCCUCCACACCACCAGCGAGUACCGUACCUACACCAGGCCCUCCAUCGACGCAGUCGCCAAAUUCGCAAUCAGUUUAUCCAUCGUUACCCGGUCAACAGUCUUCCGUCAUCACGAGAAUGCUUCAGUCCCAACCAGUGUCCAGUACUCCACAGUCAUUCACUGCGGCGGCGGCAGCGAUGGGCCAUAAAUAUUUCGGUGGACCCAACGCUGGAGGACAGAUGAUGGGUGGUCCGCGAACGGGAUACGAGAUGCAACCACGUGCCAGGAUCCCGUCCCCUUAUAGACAGGCGGGUCAAUCAUCUAUGCCACCACAUUUUGCUGCGGUCAGGUCGGGUACACCACCAAUGCGUAUGCGAGUACCCGGACCGCAGAUGUAUCACACGCCACACCAUCCAAUGGACCCGUCCCCUUCGGGUGGCGGACCGAUCUCCAUUAGCAAUAGAGAUCGGAGUUCGCCUUUGACGCCCGGCGGACCGGCGAUGAUUCCACCGUCGGCCGGCAGUUCACUGGCCAAAGGCGGUCCAACGCCGCCACCGCCACCUCCACCAUAUGUGAGGGGUGGUCCGCCAAUGGCUAGGUUCGCCGAGAAUCCUAUGGGACCCAGGCAUCAGAUGCCGCCGUUUACCAAUGCCUCUCCUGUAAAUCACAAUAUGCAGCAACCUUCACCACCUCCCAAUCGACCGCCCGGUAAUUUUUCACCGUAUCAUCCGCCUCCGCCACCUAAUUAUCACUACGGUGCCUAUCCGCCACCUCCGCCAAUGUCUACGGCGGACGAUGCAGCUGCCUAUCAGAGUUCGCCGUAUCCUUCGGAACAUUUCUCCUCGCCGGCAGACAACCAACCACCGAUUCAAGGACCGCCACCGCCUCAGGCACCGCCGCAGCAAUCGCAUCCGAAUGAUGACGAUCAUGGCACCGGCGAAUUUGGCGGCCUGGUAUCUUACUUUAGUAGCCAGAGAGAGGACGAUCUCGAUUCGUAGCAUGAGUGAGAGCUUGGCCAACCCUAAAUCAUUAGGUAGAGGCAGCGUGCCCAGGUAAGACCACAACUUUUGCUACAGAGGGAAAAGUGGUAACGUAGACGCACCAAAUAGAACACGAACUUUGGAUAAUCUAAUUUUUCAAGGACAUUAGUGUUGCAUAUGUCACGUGAAAAUAAAGCUGUAGAGUCUUCCUCUUCGACCUCUAAAGCAAACAGUUGUCCUGUAGUCCUUGCACUUCUUACGCCGCCGGAGGCAAAUCUAAGGUUGGCCAAGUGUAAAGCGAAUGGAAUCAUAGUGACAUGGCGGAACCUAUUAUUUAAGAGUUGUAAGUUUUUCUGUAAUUAGUUUUCAGUUUAAUUGGAUUUGUAUGCAACGGCGUACAAUCGCAAAAACUUUAAGUGAAGACACAAUGGUCGUUUCGUCUGAUAAUGGGGCGAAAGAUCCGACCAGAACCAUUUUUUACCAUUAUUCGUUAUUAUAAUCCACUGAAAAUUCAAAUGAAGUUAUUUCCAGAAAGAUGAGAGGGAAUUAUUCACUCUCUCCGCGAAGUGGUAGUGUGUUCUGUGGAAGAAAAAAAUGAGAAAUGAUCAUUAAUAAUGACGAGAAGGGAAUAAAAAUUAUCGAGUGGUUUUGAACGACAUCGUUAUUAACAUGUACAUAUUGUAAAUAUCCCGUAAGUCCUUUAGAUUAUGUAUUACAUGUAUUAUAUAUAUACACACAACACAUGCAGUCAUGCAGAAUACUACAAAAAUUAGUGCGGAAAGGGCACAAAUGUAAUAUUUAAAUUUAAUUCAAAAGAAUGACAUCUGAAUAUUAUAAAUUAACAAAC